CUUGAUUCUCACUGUCUUGACUAGUCAACAAUUUAACGCCUAGUGUGAAUUGUGUGGCAAAUAAAUCUUCCGUGUAAUGGAUAUUCAACACAGAUCACAUAUCCAUUCUCAACCAAACGAAGCUCCAAUAGUAUUACAGACACACACACCAUUUCUCAAUUUAAACACACACAAACCAAAACACUAUCAAAAUCUUAUCAAACCAACCAUGGAUUCCGAGAUCGCCUUCGACUACUCUCCGUUCCUCAAAAUCUACAAGAGUGGCCGCAUCGAGCGCCUCAUUGGAGAGACCCCCGUCCCACCCUCUUCAACCCCACAAAACGGCGUCAUUUCAAAAGACGUCGUUUAUUCACCCGACCACAACCUCUCCGUCCGCGUUUACCUCCCGGAGAAAGCCGGUGAGAAACUCCCUCUCCUCGUCUACUUCCACGGAGGAGGAUUCAUCAUCGAAACAGCUUUCUCCCCCUCUUACCACACUUUCCUCACGGCGGCUGUCUCUGCUUCCGACUGCGUAGCCGUGUCGGUGGAUUACCGGCGUGCACCGGAGCAUCCGAUUCCGAUCUCUUACGAUGACUCGUGGACGUCUCUCAAAUGGGUAUUCACCCAUAUCGCCGGAACCGGACCCGAAAGCUGGUUGAACAAACACGCCGACUUCAGCAAAGUGUUCCUCGCCGGAGACAGCGCCGGCGCCAACAUCGUUCAUCACAUGACGAUGAGAGCUGCCAAAGAGAAGCUAAGUCCCGAGUUAAGCGACUCAGGAAUCUCCGGGAUCAUCUUGGUUCAUCCUUACUUCUGGUCGAAAACACCAGUCGACGACAUGGAGACAAAGGAUGCAACGGUCCGGUCCAAGAUCGAUUCGAUAUGGAUGAUCGCUAGUCCCAACAACAAAGACGGAGUGGAUGAUCCGUGGCUCAACGUGGUUCAGUCAGAGUCGGUGGAUAUCUCCGGGUUGGGUUGCGGGAAGGUUUUGGUGUUGGUGGCUGAGAAAGAUAUUCUUGCGAGGCAAGGCUGGGGUUACAAGGUGAAGCUUGAGAAGAGUGGGUGGAAAGGAGAAGUGAAGUUGGUGGAGAGUGAAGGAGAAGACCAUGUGUUUCAUUUGAUGAGACCUGAUUGUGAGAAAGCUCUUGAAGCCAUGAACAUAUUCGCAGGUUUUCUUAAGGGAGAGAUGUAGGAGAUGACAGAUUACGAUAUGUUAUGGAAUAAUUACAUCUGUCUGUACUCUGUAUGUCUCUGUAAUGUUUUUUCUAAGGUGAUUUAUUAUAUUAGGGCGAACAACACAAAACACGUUAAUAAUAAUAUAAAUUUAACAAAACAAACUGGGAAGACCAUUCGUUG